GUUUUGUUCACACGUCAAAACAAUUGCGGUACCUUCCUAAUAAAGUAAAUUGUUUGUAACUACGUAAUUUGUGUAUUUAAACAAAUAAAAUAGUGAAGAUUAUUAUUGAAAAGUUAAAUAUUUCAACACAAAUCUGAUUGAAAAACAGAAAAUUCGAAACUUUUUUCUUUGAAAACAAUUUAAAUAGUGAUACAAGAAAGUGUAAUAAAAUAUGUAUCUAUUAUACAUGUUUAGAUUACUAUUUUUAUAUCUUUAAAGUGAACAUGUACGAAUGUAAAUUAAAUACAUAUGAAUGUAUUAUAUUCAUUUUUAAAUAUAUUAGUUUAAAAUCAGUAACAAAACAAGAAUAUAUAAUAACAUACAUAUAUAAAAAGUGUCAAAUAUAAGCAGAAUAAAUAUCAAAUCUAAAAAGUCGCCUUACACAUAAAAAAAAAUGUCGAAGCAACGUUUAUCGGUUUUAAAUGAUGAUGGUGUUCUGCUUUGUGGGUAUUACAAGAAGUUAAAGACAAUGAAGAAAAAAUUUUUUGUGUUGUAUAACGAAACUCCAUGUAAGGUAGCACGAAUAGAAUAUUAUGAUACUGAAAAAAAAUAUAAAUCGGGUUUUACUCCCAAACGAAUAAUAAAAAUUAAAAAUUGUUUUAAUAUUAAUCGCCGGUUUUACACAAAGCAUGAUUUUGUUAUUGUACUUGCAUCAAAAGAAGGUGGAUUUGGAAUUGUUAUGGAUUCAGAAGACGAAAUUAACACCUGGCUACACCAUUUGUUGCAUUUACAAAGAUCUGGAGAAACGUGUUUUGAUUUGCCAAAUUUUGAUUAUGUCUGGCAAGUCGUAAUACAAAAAAAAGGAAUAGCUGAACAGCACAAUAUUUUUGGAAGCUAUCAUAUAUGUCUUACCAACAAAUCAGUUACAUUUAUAAAAAUAGGUCGGGAAAAAAAUGUAUGCGAUAAAAAAAUUACGAGAAUUGAGGUUUUACUUACAACAAUACGCAGGUGCGGCGACUCUCAGUGCUAUUUUUAUAUGGAAAUUGGAAGGCAAAGUUCCCUUGGUCCAGGCGAGUUAUGGAUGGAAACAGAAGAUUCUUUAACAGCUCAAAAUAUGCAUAGAAUGAUUCUAAGUAAAAUGAUAUCACUUAACGAAUCUUUGAUUGAACCGAUGAGGAAAAGGUCUUCUUCUGCAACAGAAUCGUCAAAUUUAUCUCAUGAUCGAAAAUCUUCCCAAAAUGUAGAUAUAGCAAACAGUUAUUUAUUAAACGCUGAAAAUUUUAGUAGAGAUAGAUGUGACAGUUUACCGUCAAGAAAUCGCUCUUCUAGUGAAUGUAGCAACCAGAGCAUUCGGAUACUACCAAUAACAUCAACGAGCCGCGCAAUUAAUAUGCACAUUAGUAAUACUUCUCCUAUUACAUACUCUGCAAGUGAAGAAUCGGUUAGUGUUGAAGAGUCUGAAGAAAGCAUGGCAAUGCCCCAUUUAAUAAGUUCUAGAUCCCCGGAGGGUGUCAUUCCUGAAGAAUAUAUUGAUGAUGCAGUACAUUCUGAAAAACUCGUUGAAUGUAAUGAUAUGAACUCUGUGGCUGCUUUAUCUUUGGGUCCUGGGUGUAAAGUAAACAUGAACCACAUAAAACAAAAUUGCUCAGCUAAGGUGGCAGAUAUUAACAAAAUUAUAUGCGGAAAUGUAGAUGACCAAUUACAUUUCACUUAUCGAGCCAAUUCCUAUGGGAGCAAAUGUGGAAAUGAUUUAUCCAAGGAUGCUAUAGUUAAUCGAGUUAGAGCAUUUUCAGUAGGAUCCAAAAUUAAAAGUAAUCGCAUAUGUUCAAAAACAAGUCCUAAGUUGUUUAAUAGUGAUAAUAUUAAACACGAUUUUGGAGAAAGUUCAACGAGAAAGUCGAUCAGUGUUCCUGUUCUUAUUAAUAGAAAUUCACAAGCAGUUGAUCAAAUGGGCGAUUUGAUGGAAAUAGACUUUUCAAAAUCAACUGAUAAAACUGUUAAACGAAAUAUCCAACAAAACAAAAUUGAGUGCCAAAACGCCUCAAAUAUGUUACCACGUAAUUUAAAUAUUUCAAACUCAACAGAAUCUAUUUAUAGAACUAUAAAAUGUGUUGAUAAUGGAUACUUAGAAAUGAAGCCUAUUACAUUAACUUCGAAUAAUAAUGUGUUAAAUAGUGCAGGUAUAUAUUCGCUCAAUCAAGAUGACAUUAAACAAAAAGAUUCAACUGAAACAAUUACUGAAAUUAUGGAUGCUUCAACUAAUUAUCAUAACCAAAUUGAUAAAAGUUUCAACCCUACUGACAAUGAUAGAAAAUCAUCAAUCUUGAUCAAUGAUUCAUCACUUUCUUUAAUGUGCAGUAAAGUUUGUGCUGACAAAAAUACCGAAGACAUCCAAUUAAGUCAUGUAGAUGCAGCUUUUACGAAGCAAGAUCUAUAUUACGCAAGUUUAGAUCUACCAAAAUGUGGGAAUGAAGUUAAUACUCGAUAUGGAUUCAAGGAAGGCUUAAGCGACACACACAUUGGAGAGAUUAAAAAUGAAUAUGCUAAGAUAAAUUUUGAUAAACCCGAAACAGAAAAAAAAUAAGUUUCCAAUAAAAAUAUAUCUUCAAAGAUACUAA